UUUGGUGGGAUAUUCUAAAAGGUCACGUUGUAUAAGCAUUCAAACAUUAAACAUCACAAAGAUCGCACAUAUUAAAAAAAUACUUUGGUGAGAGGGAAUGAGGAUGAAUAGAGUAUUUAGUACACCCUUCUCUUCUUCAUUUUUCUCCUGCAACGGUCUAGUAACUUUCCGUCUUCACAACAAAGUUCAGAAUAGCUUGUCCAGAGCAGGAUUUUGUAAGGCAAUGAACGGAGGCGACCGCACAACCUCUCAAGAUGAUGUUCCCUCCCCUUCUUCAGCCAUUGAUUUUCUUACUCUCUGCCAGCGCCUCAAGACCACGAAAAGAACUGGUUGGAUUUAUCGUGAAGUAAAGGAUCCUGAAUCUAUUGCUGAUCACAUGUACCGAAUGGCUGCUAUGGCUCUUAUUGCAGUCGAUAUUCCUGGUAUAGAUAGAGAUAGGUGUGUAAAGAUGGCAAUUGUCCAUGAUAUUGCUGAAGCUAUUGUUGGUGAUAUCGCACCUUCUGACGGUAUAUCCAAGGAAGAAAAAAGUCAAAGAGAGAGGAAAGCUCUUGAAGAAAUGUGCCAGAUGCUUGGUGGAGGAUUGAGAGCUAAAGAAAUAUAUGACUUAUGGAACGAGUAUGAAAACAAUUCUUCUCCAGAAGCAAAAAUUGUUAAGGAUUUUGACAAGGUAGAAAUGAUUCUUCAAGCAUUGGAGUAUGAAAGCGAUCAAGGCAAGAACUUAGAUGAUUUUUUCCAGUCAACAGAAAGUUCCAAACAGAUAUUGGCAAAGCAUGGGCUGCUGAAAUUGUUUCCAGGAGAAAUAAGAAUCGAAAUGGUGCAUCUAAGUAAUUGCGUUUUUCAAAAGAACUGACACAUUUGGCUUGGCAACUAUUCCCAUGUGUCUAUCCAAGCUCAUAAUUUAGCCAUCCACAGGCAUAUGGUUGACUGCCAAGUGCUUACGGCAACAAGAUGCAGGUUCCAAAUUUGUGAACAUGCUGCCUUCAGAUCUCUCUCAUGUUUUAUGAAGUAUGAACUUUUGCCAUUAUGUAGUCAUCACUAUGUAGUUAAACGUUUCAUUGGCCAAAAAUAUCAUAUUUAAAAAAAAAUAAAAUUCAAAUCAUUUUCAAUUUUAUAGAAAGUGCAUACUAGCGGUGCAGAUCUCUCCUUUUUAUUAUUUCCCUGUAAAUGCAUCUCCACUUGAGGAUUCCUCUUAUUUGGUUAUGAAGAUUGAGCAUAAAGAUUUUACAGAAUGAAUAUUCGUCAGUUUUCAAA